CAGCGAAAGGAUCCAGUGUGCCUGAAUAGCGGUAGCAGUCAUCCAUCCCAUAUAGACAUAAAAUGCUAUUUAUUUCUAAGGUGUAUCAGUGGACUUGCCAGUUGUUGCUAGAAGUAGCUUAGUUAUUUUCUUUCUGUAAUAGGAUAUUAUACAGGCCAAGAUAUUAGAUUAGUUAUCGGCCGGGGUGAAUAAUGCUACAGUCUUCAUCAUCCGGACUGGUGCAGAUGGAGGGAUGUGGGGAAGAGGCGAGGGAUACGCAGAAAAUGCAGUGCAUGAAACUGACUAAAGACAGAGAUGAAACAGAGAGCCAGCUGAAACACAUCAAGAGAGUUUCCCAAAUGGUGAUCGAGGAGGUGAGCGUUCUGCAGACGCAGCUGGAGAUAGAAAAAUCCUGCAGAGAAAAUGCUGAGGCCCUUGCCACCAAGUUGAACAGUGAGAACAGGAAGCUGAAGUAUCUGAGCCUGUCGUCUCGACCCUGUCUGGAUGAGAUGCUACCUAGUAUCACAGACUGCAUGCCUUUGGAAGAGGAGACGGACACACAGGACACCAGCCCUGACCCGUACAGCCUGUACCAACAGCAGGUUAAAGAGCUGCAGGAGACAGUGAGCACUCUGCUGGAGGAGAAGAAGAGACUUUCCUGUCAGCUUCAGGAGCAGCAGAGACAGAUUGAAGAGCUAACAGCCCUGGCUGAGAAGGAGCAGGCUGAAAUGAAGGAGCUUCACAAAACCAUUGAGCAGCAAAGCAAGACCAUCAAGAGGUUCAAUAGAGUGUCUGUGAUGGCUACUACAGAGUUUGAGGAGAUGAAGGAGCAGCUGGAUUUGGAGCAGAGCCUGAGGGUGAAGGCUGAGACCUACGCCCACGAGAUGUUGGUGAAGCAGAAAGAGGCUAACAGACAGAGUAUGAUCCUGCUGCAGAACGCUGACCCCAGCCUGCAGCUGAUCAAGGCUCUGGAGGAUGUGGCUAAUGUUACCAAGACUCUGGAGCAGGAGAGACUGCUGCAUCACCAGAAGGUGAAGGCUCUGGAGGCUGAGCUACAGGAGUACUCUCUGAAACAGCAGAUAGCAGAGCUGCAGAGCCAGCUGGAACUGAUGGAGGAGGAGAGAGAGAGACAGAGGGAUGUCUGUCAGGAAGUAGAGAAGAAGAACCGUGACCUAGAAAAGAGCUCACUGAUUGCAAUCAUGAGGAAAUCAUCCAAGAGUUCAAAGGGGGGAUCCCCAAAGUUACAGCAAGCUCCUGAAGGAGGUGCAGAAGGAGGUGCAGAAGGAGGUGCAGAUAACGUCAAAGUGAAGGCAGUCAAUGAGAUGAUGGAGAGGAUUAAACAUGGAGUGGUUCUGAGGCCUGUCAAGGGAGGAGACACUAAGAAACCUCCAGUAAUGGAAGAAAAGCUGCCACAGGAGAGUGCCAUGGAGGAACUGAAAGGCAUUCUGGAGACGGUGAAGAAGAGUCCCAGUCGGGGGUCUCAGGAGUCGGUCCCAUCCCCCCCAGGGAAGAGCCCUGUCAGCAGUGAGCUGGAGGUCAUCCUUAGGAGGAGACGUAAACAGGCCUGUGACUCUGGAGGAGAUGAGAGCAGGGACGGACAAAUAAGCAAGGUUUCGUCCUCUGACAGCCUGAACGGGAGGCACAGCCAGAGUUCCCACAGCUCCGACAGCUCUGGCAAAGAGCCAGAGGGGCCUACAGGACCAGGGCCUGGGCAGAGCACCAGAGAGCCAGCCUCCCCCAGCGGAAGGGGCCCCGGCCCAGCGGUAGCAGCCAGGUGCAGGUCAGACUCUUGCCAAGAGCCCCAAGCAGGGUCCUGGCAGGACAGGAGGUCCCGCACUUCUUUGUCUGAGAAAGAGGUCUACUCUGAGGCACCGGUCACCAAUGGAUGCAUUGUCAGUGGGGAGGAGCCUGAGAAGCAGAAGCCUGAGAAAUGGGCACCACAGCCCAACGGAAUCAGCCAUCUUAACUCUAGUCUGACUGUGGAGUUGGACACGCAUACCACACACUCUCCCAGCCUCUCCGCAGGGCCCAAUCCACUCAACGGGAACACGGAUGCAGAGUGUUGAAGGUCGGCUACAGAGGUCCCUGGGCAACCAGGAAGGCAGGCAGGCUGAGGAAAGCUGCACAAUUUUGCACAGAAUCUCAGUUAUCUGCAGUUAGAGACACUUGAUUAUAAAAGCUUUAGGUUAUUUUAUUUUAUGCACAAACUCUCUCGAUCUGAUGUGGCUUUUGUGUCAUCUAAUGCACCGUUUCAGAAUACAACCUUUUUAUUUGAUCAGUCUCUCUCUUUCUCUCUCUCUCUCUCUCUAACAGGAGUUGAAUGAUACUUCUAAUAUAUGGCACAAACUUAUUUGAUUCUAGUUCUGCUUCUUCCUUGCACUUCCUGAACCUACCGUAAGACUUUCAGUAAAGUCACUGCUUACUUUAUGCAGUAGAAGCACCACGUGAACAUCGAUAAAGAACGAUGUUUACCAUCUGGGUCAUCGUAAAACAAAUAGGAUACAGAUAUUGCACAUUAUUAAGGCACUUUUGCUAUUUCAAAACUGGAGCUCUGUUUCGGUUUGUGAACUAUCUAUCUUCAAUGUGUAAUCAAUGCAAAUACUACAGCGUAGGGAUGCAAAUGAAAGCCAUGCAUGUGUUUCAAUCGAAGUAGCCUACCAUCCUUGAGGAAUUAGGUGCUUGUGUAUUCAGUCUACCUCGUAUUACACACCCUUGCCUCUCGACUAUCCUAAAUUGUAUUUAAAGGGAAAAACAUGAUAUAGUAUCGUCUUCAUGCAAUGGGACAACAUUUGUAAAUGUCUUCCACCUACAUUCCCAAGCUGUAUACGGUGCUUUGUUCAUAUUUGCUGGGAUACUCCCAUUGUUUCCUUACUGCUGUAACCGGAUUUCAUCCUGUGUGUAUUACCCCACCUGUAUUAUGUUAGUAGGUCAUGCUUUCAGAUAUCUAGUACAACCUAAAACAACUGGAUUAAACAGUAUGCAAACGUAACUGAUACAGCAACAUAAUCUAAGAAAUAAAUACAUUAGAAGGCUCAUAGGACAUUCAUUCUCACACCCAUCAUGACAAUGUAAAUGUUUCUUGAAAACAUAGAAACAACAUUGAGAGCAUUGACUCUAUUGUAUAAGGGAAUAGAUAAAACAUUUCCUCUCAGUGGUGAGGGGGAAAACACAAGUGUUCUCUUGGAAACCACCAGAUGGCAGUGAAUCCCAAUUAUGAAAUAGAUAUUUGUAUAUAAGUCAUUUCUAUGAAGCCUUCUUUCAUCAAAAUGAAAGGAAAUCUUGUUUUCCAGAUGCAAUGAUUUAAGUCUUAAACCUUAAGUCACCAUUUUCUCAAUUCCAUCUUUAUCAGGCAAGCAGCUGAUGGAAAAGGAAAUAACUGGACUGAGUUUGUGUGAAUCUUGAUUUUGUGUGUGUUUGGGAUUUUAAAAGUGUUGUGUUUUUUUAAAAACAUUUACAUUGAUGUUCAUUCAUCACUUGUCUGAAAUAAAAGUACUAUUCAAAUGACAA